AAAGCUUUUAAAGCAAAAAUAAUAUCGGGAUUGUAUAAAAGGACCUUAAAGGAUAUAAAUAUUUUAGCCUUUAAAAAAUCGGUUACUUGCUUUAAAUGCGGGCAAUUAAGCCAUAUCGUUGCAAUAUGCAAAAUACGGACGAAUAACCCGGAAACCCCGUUGGCCUUAGCGACCAUACAAAAGGCAAAAGGGAAAAGGCCCGAAAUACGGUGUUACGGGUGUAAAAAGCUAGGCCAUAUCCGGCCGGCGUGCCCCAAAAAAAGCAAAAUAUCGUUACCCAAUUUAACACCGCUAUUUAGCCGUUUAAAUACCGGGGCUUAA